AGAGAAAAAGAGGGAGAGAGAAAGGACACAGGACCCAGGAAGACCAGCUCCAGGCCUCCAGCACCCCUCCCUCCCUCCCUCCUGCCGUCCGUCACCCACUUCUCAGAAAUGGACGGCUUCUUCCUGUCAAUCUUCCUGGCUGUCUGCAUCGUGGUGGCUGUCAUCGUGCGCUGUCUCUGCUACCGGCUAAUCUGCAUUAAGGAAGGCAGAGGGAGCGUGGCGACAGUGGGGGUCGUCACCAGGGGGAGAAACCGCGCUGGAAGUGAGGGCGGCAUCUUACCCCGGGGCACGCAAGCUGUCAUCACGCCCGCCCGACAGACAGUUCGUGCCUCGUCGCUGGCGAUAGCUAUACCAGACUCCCCGACGAUUACAACCCAGCAUGGCCCAGUAUUCACAAUCUACACAUUCCCCCAGCCCGAGGACUCCCCCGCUCCCCCGUCCAGGACCCCGGAGCCCCCCAAAUACGCGUCCCUCCCCCAGGAGAUGCCCCCGAAAUAUGAGGACCUGUUCCCGCUAGCAGAUUUCUCACUAGCCUGCAAGAAUAGUCACAGUAGUAAUAGUAGUAGUAGUAGACGGGGGAAUCGUAACAAUAUCUAUAACAGUAAUAACAACAGUAGUAAUAACAGCAAUAAUAACAAUAAUAAUAGUAGUAGUAAUAGUAAUAGUGAUGGUUUGGUAGUAGAAAGCGUUACUACUACUACUACUACGCCUACUACUACUACUACUACUACUUCAGAAUCUACUACUACUUCUACUACUACUACUAUCCCAGCUCGACUACUACCACCACCACCACCCUCCCCCCCACCUACUACUUCUACUAAUACUACAGCUGCUACUACUACUACAGCUGCUACUACUACUACUACUACUACUACUACUACUUCUAUCCUACGACCCCCCUCCCCCUCCCCUCCUCCCCCCACGGACUAAAGUGUGUUAAGUAUUAAGUGACCUUAGAUAAGUAUAUAUAAGUUAAGAGAGAGGAAACGCAGAGAGAGAGAGAGAGAGAGAGAGAGAGAGAGAGAGAGAGAGAGAGAGAGAGAGAAGAAAAUAAUGGAGAAAAGUGUUUACAAAUGCGAAUAAAGGAAUAAGGAGAAGGAGAAGAAGAAGAAGAAGAAGAAGAAGAAGAAGAAGAAGAAGAAGAAGAAGAAGAAGAAGAAGAAGAAGAAGAAGAAGAAGAAGAAGAAGAAGAAGAAGAAGAAGAAGAAGAAGAAGACAACACAGAAAGAAAACAAGAAAGAGAGAGAGUGAGAGAGAGAGAGAGAAAAAAUAAAUAACAAAGAAAGAAAGAAAAUAAAGAAAAUAAGAUAGUUGUAAAUAUUAGUUAAGUUGGCGAUACAAAGUUGUCUCAUCCGUCCAUUAAAAACGAUCCUGAGGCCUUGAAAGAGAGAGAGAGAGAGAGA